AAUUUACAUGCACGUGUAGCUUUGAAAUCCAUCAAAAUCAUUUAAGACACAAAACAAUUGAAAAUUCGUAUAAAUUCAAUUUCGCUUUAGACAGUACAUUGAUCGAACAACAAAACCAGUUUAGGCAAACAGAAUAUGGAGGAAUAUUCCCGUGAACCUUGCCCGUAUCGUAUUGUGGAUGACUCUGGCGGUGCCUUUGCCAUGGGCUCCAUCGGCGGCGGCAUCUUUCAGGCACUGAAGGGCUUUAGAAAUGCGCCACAGGGCCUGAGUCGCCGCCUUAUGGGCAGCAUGAUGGCUGUGAAGGCGCGCUCGCCAGUGAUAGCCGGCAAUUUUGCUGCCUGGGGUGGCAUGUUCAGUACCAUUGACUGCACCCUGGUGCACUUUCGGCAGAAGGAGGACCCGUGGAACUCUAUUAUCAGUGGAGCUGCCACAGGUGGCAUUCUGGCGGCACGCAAUGGUCUGGCGUCAAUGGCAGGCAGCGCCAUCAUUGGCGGCAUCUUACUCUCCUUGAUUGAGGGCGUCGGCAUACUUCUAACCCGCAUCUCUGCCGAGCAAUUCCGUAAUCCGGCGCCACCCAUUGAUCCACAAGAGGUCGGUGUUAAUGCAUUUGAAUCGGAUCCUGCAAAAGGAUUUGGGUUUGGCACGCGAACAGCGAAUGUUAAUUCCUAAAUUGAAUUUGUUGACUUUUUGAACUUAGCCAUCAAUUAUGACUCUGAUACGUGGCUAAGUCUUAGCAAAAUUUUUUUUUAUGGUUCUAAGCCCAUCUGGCUAAUGGAAAAUACAUGAUGAAGUACUCGUCAGAUAAAAUUGAAGGAUUUUGAAGUCUAAAUUAACGCGUUAGUUUUUCUGGUUUCUGAAAUGUAAAGUAUGCGGUUUGCCAACCCGGCCAGAAAUUGUAGGAUGCACAAGGUUGAACCGUACCGAGCCACACAUAUCAUUGAAAAUUAUUUGGUAUUGGCAGAAGCCUAAGCCUAAGCCCUGAGCGUAAAUAACUUGGGCCUAAGCAAUUGGACAUAUUUUUCCAAGUUUGGUAGAUGCCAUUUAUGGGUAGAGAUCAAAUAAAAAUAUCUUUAUAUGGUUUAUUGGCUGCCUAACUAUAUGAGAAGAUAAUGUGAUUUCGCUAAAGGACUAAGAUUAAUCAAAACAUUGACGAGUACGGAUUAUUAUGAUGCCUUAAUAAAAAUAGCUGCAAUCGUGUCAUUUGCCUU